AUGACCGUGGUCUUGCGCAACGGCUCCAGCUUCCGCGCCAGCACGGUCCUGAACCGGCACACGCCCUGGAAGCUCCAAGUGGACACUACCUCUCACCCCUUCUGGACGGGCGAGGAGACGGGGAUCAGCGUGGAGGGCGCGCGCAUGGCCCGCAUCAUGGAGCGGUACGGCGACCUGCUGAAGACUCCUGCGGAGAAGGCUGCAGCAGCCAAGAAGGCCGCCGAGGAGGAGGCUUCCGUCGCUGCGUCUGCCUGA